UUGUCUGCUUCCUUUGUUCCCUGUAACAAAGGCGAUGCUGCCGCCCCAAACUGCGAACGGAGCUUGCAGCUUAUUGGUGCAGGAGUGACAGCAGCAUGCGUUUCUAUGGUAACCGGGUGCAGGAUGCUAGCUGAGGUAUGGAGGUGUGUGGUUGCGAGCACUUCCUGCUCUUCAGCUACUUUUUGACUUUGCACAGCUCACAGCCUGAACGAGUGACACUGAGUGAUGGUGUGAUUCGUUUAUUGUUUUUAUUUUGUCAACAGCUGAGAUAUUCAUUCCUCAUGUUUCACAGCUUCCGUUUCGAUUGUAUCUCCCUCACGGUUCUUUUGAUGCUGUGAGCAUUUUGAAAGGCCGGGUUACUGGGAAAUAAGAUUUAAAUCUCAAUGUGACUUUUCACCUGAAUAAAUAAAGGAUGAUAAUAAUAAUAAUGAUCUCUAAAAUGUUUCUCUCUCUAUUUCCGCUUCUACCAUCCAGCACUACGCAACCUCUCUUGAUUUACUUCAUAAGGAUUCAUUUAAAAAGCCCAAUGUCUACAAAAUAUUUUAAAUAUAAGCUUCACAGAGAUGCUAAUUAUUAUCUGUUGUUUCAUCCAUAUGAAACAUUUUUUAAGAAUAACAUGACUAAAGGUAAAAUGCAUAAAAAUCUUGAGGUUAUAGGGGAAAAAUAAUAUAUUUAUUUAAAUUUUCUCAUUUGUUUACUUGGAAAUAUUAAUUAAAUAAUUAAUAUUAGUUUGCAGUUCUGUCCAUUUUCAUUUUCAGCCAUUUGGAAAUAUUCAAAUGCAGUGGAUGUCUAGUUAAAACUGCCGGUAUGAUAGCAACCAGCUAGCAGCAGUGCGUUGUGGUUCACAGAGCGAUCAGACAGGAAAUGACCUCUGAAAAGCUGAUUAAGCGUUGGGAGAUCCGUGCUCAGUCACCAGCAAAGCAAAGCAAAACACCCUGUCGUGCACAGAUGAAGCGCAUGCCAGUAACUUCUAGAAACUCGUGCACCAGGGUCACAGGUGCAAACCUCUCUGUCAUCAAGGUGCUUUCCUGCAAGUCAUAUGAUUGUUUUUGUGAGCUCUGGAAAACGUGCCAGUACCUUCCUCCUCUGUCCCUUGGCUUAAGCCUUUUUGCACCCCUACUUGGCUCAUAAACAUCUUACACAAAAGGUGAGCAACAACAUGUCACAUGUUGAAGACUGUCUGCCUUGGUGUGAGUGUUCUGUUCACGUAGAAAGAGACAACAGUAAGUACAACGUAUUUAUGUAGUAUCCCAAAGUGCUUUACAGAGGUAUCAAUAAAAACGAACUUGUGCAAGGUUAACAUGAACACACAUGUAAUGAAUGUUUCAAUGGCUCUUCAAUGGCAUGUGUGGCAUAAUGGUGCAAAGCAUAAAAAAGCGGCUCCACCUUAAACAGUUCUGUAAAAAACGAGUAAAUAAAUAAAUAACUUAUUGGACAGUUGUAACCAAGAUGAACUUGUACCAGAAUGAUGAGAAAAGUAUGAAGAAAGGGAGAAACAGAUCAUGAUCCAAAGCAUUAUGUGUCAAACAGAACCAUACUCUCUGCUCAGCUUAAGCCAAAUGCUGCAGAAGCAAUCAGAAAGCACCUCACUGUGAAAAUAGAUAAUGACCCAAACCAAGCAACAAGAGUUUCUUGAGGCCAAUUAAAGAAUAUUCUUCAAUGGCCAAGUAAGUCACAUGAUCUCCACCGAAUAGUGCAUGCUUUUCUAUUAUUGAAUACAAAACUGAAAGCAGAGAGACCCUCAAACAAGCAGCAGCUAAAGGCAGACCUGUGCAGUAAAGGACUAGUAGAGCAACUCAAUGGAAAAAACAGCAUUUGGGGGACAGUGUUGAUGUCAAGGCUCUGAGAGCCAAGUUCAACAGCAAAUCCAGCACCUCGGAUACCAGCAGCCGGGACAGCGGCUCGCCGAAAUCUCCUCGACCUGGGUUUGGGAGAGCCAUUCUUCCAGUGGCAGAGAGCGAGCUGACACAGAGACUUUCACCCACGAUUCCUCCUCAUCUGGCUGGCCCAGGCCCGGUGAGACUCCCGAGAAUUGAGCCGAUGGCGGCUUCGAUCCCUCCCAGACCGGGUUCGUUCCCUCGACCGCCUGCCUAUGCUGGACUCAGAACCCCCAUUCAGCCAACAGAUGCUACCAAAGUCAAGCAGACGGGGGAGAUGCUACAGAACAUGAUGCUGAGGCAUCAGAAGUCCCCGGUCCCUCAGGUCCCCCAGGUACCCCAGGUACCCCAGGUACCCCGACUAGGAGCUGGAAGCUCAGCUCCUGUUCCACCUCCCACCUCUACCCCUCUUCCACUCAGACAGCAGCCUCGACAGAGGAGCGCGGGGGAAGUGACCCCACUGAGGAGGCCUCUGCCCCCUGAAGGACCGAUGCCCGUGAAACCUAAAAGACCUCCGACUGUCAACUUGGAGCCGUUUCGGAGGAACAGGAGAGGGCUUCCUCCUGCUCUUCCUGCCCCGAGGACGAGUGAUGGCUCAGGAAGCAGAAGGAUGUCUUUACCUGUAGCACCACCGGCAGUGGUCAGUCCUCCAAAACCUCCACAACGCUCUGACAAACCCAACAGACUGCAGCGGCAGAUUGCCUCUGCGGAUCUGGACGAAGACGAACAGGAUCCCUAUGACGAUAUCGACAUUGACAAAAAUGAGAACUGCAGCGAACACAGUUCACAGUGUGUUGAUGGGGAUGAUGACGACGAGGUGUAUGAGAUGAUUGAUGAGGAGCAAGAGAAAGCCACCAUGAAAGAAGUUAAGAAGAAACAGGAGAAGGACAUGAAAGAGAUUCAGAAAAAAAUGAGUGAGCUCAAGAAGAAAUUUCAGUUACAAGGAGAGAUAGAGGUUAUUCACACCGCCAAAGUCCGGUACGACUGGAAUGGGGAAGGGAAACUGGACCUGAGCGUGCACCAGGGGGACAGCGUGGAGAUCCUCCGUGUGACGGGUAACCCGGGAGGCAGAUGGUUGGCACGCACUAUGAAUGGAAACUAUGGAUACAUCAACAACUCGUGUGUGGAUAUUGACUAUGAAGCAGUGAAGAUCAAACACGGGUACAAAAAAUCAAACUCACAAGCGUUACCUCCACCACCCCCGGACCCACCACAGAUCUUUAAUAUGGACUCCAACAACAGAGACAGCCUGAUUCAAGAUGAGGAUGACUAUGAUGAUGUCCAACCACUACCUGAAGAUUUCCCACCUCCGCCACCUGAAAUCAGCAUAGACCCCAAAGUGGAGAAGGAUUUGAAAAAAAAAUUUAAGUAUGAUGGACCACUCAGGGUGCUGCACACCAUGUUAGUGGAUCCUAACUCCAUCAUAAAGAAACCAGGAGCAAAAGAUCUGCCUGUAACACAGGGAGAGAUUGUGGAUGUCAUCCAGCUCACCAACAGCAAGAAAGCUCUGUGUCGCAACAGGUUUGGGAAAUAUGGUUAUGUGUCCAGAUCUCUUCUUCUUCCAAUGGAACAAGACAUUUAUGAUGACGUCGACUAUGCAGAUGAUGUCUACGACAACGAUUCUCUGUAACAUGAUUAUUAAAGUGUAUCAAACUAAACAUACAAGAGAGAAAAGGAAACAAACAAACCAAACAUUUUUUACCUUUAUCGAACUAUAACCAAAAACUGGAUGCUAGAAAAUCAAGUAAAGACAGAAUCUGUCUGGAUACAGAUGCUUUAUUUGAUUGCACAAACUUCAGAAAUGUGUUGAAAAGUCACAGGUUUGUAGAGUUUCUGUAGAUUUGUUUGUGCUAAGCUGUAUAAAAGUUCAAACUUAAUUCAACUGUGUAAUUAUUCAAACUGACAAAAUCAAACGAUAUAUCAAACUUAAAUAUAAAUAUAAUAAUUUAUAAGGACUUGGGGUUUUUUUUUCCACAAAAGGUCACUCAUAAUAAGACUGUGUAAACAAACUUACUGUAAACCUUCACUCACCUGCCACUAUAUUACCUGCUCAACGUGUCAACACGUGAUGUCACAAAGCUCACUCUACUCAAAUGGCCUCCACAGUCACCAGAUCUCGGUCCUGUUCAUGGACUCACAGACUCACAGCAUGGAUGUGCAGCCAACAAAAUCUGCAGUGACACUUGAAUCUCUGCCAUAAAGAAUUAAAGUGGUUUUAAAAACAAAAUGUGGGCUGGAACCUUAUAUUAGUAAUGUAUAGCUAAUAAAGUGGCUGGUGAGUGUAAGUGCACACAGAUUGUCGAGGGUCAACAAACUCAUCAGUGUUUGUCAAAGUGCUUGUAUAGAAAAUAAAUACACUAUUACUGUUGAUGUGUGUAUUUUUCACCCUCUGAGAUAAUUUAAAUAAAAUAGUUUUUAUCUGAUGAUUGAUUGUUUUGUUUGUUCCUUAAUAAAAAUAAAAACAGAGCUCAACUAGUGAAAAUGUUUGAUUAUGUUUAGUCAAAUGGGAGUUAAAGUCCUUUCCUGCUGUGCUAAAGUUGAUUUUCUAGAAAGACUGAGAGGUUUGCCAUCACUAAGGUGAGGACAGCUACACAUUAUCUGUCUGGGUAGGUUUACAAUGUAGCUUGCCCUCACCAGUGUGUCAAUGUGUGUGUGAAUGGGUGGAUGACUGGUUGUGUAAAGCGCUUUGGGGUCCUUA